GGUUACCAUUUCCUAAUCCUUCAACAUACCAAUCCUCAAUGGUUCCAAUUCAAACACAGUCUCAGUACUCUAUUGGAUGGCAAGAUACUAUGGCGUUCUUUAUUGCUACAUUUACCAUUUAUUUGUGUGUUUCAACUAGUAUUUUAUAUGGAUUCUAUGGCGACGCUCGUUUGAUUCUUGGUCCAAGCUCAUCGCGUUUGAUACAAUCACGUUCGUUUUUUGUGGACCAAAUUGAAGUGACAAAUGAGUAUACCAAUGCUAAUAAUGAUAUUCAUCUUUAUGCUUUCAAUGAGAAACCAGAGUUAAAUUCCGAAAUAAAUUGGACUACAUCGAAGUUUUUAGUUGUUGAAGCAUAUAGUCGCAAGGGAAUUUCUUUGUGGUUAAAUGAAGGCUCCACUAUUUGUUUGAGGUGGGAAGCAGAAGCUAGCAGUUUAAAUAAGCUUGAGGGGAUAGUGAUUAAAGGAGAAAAAAGGUUUGAAAAACUAGAGCCUAACAAUGGUAAACGAGCUGAAUACAUUGUCGAGGAAGAUGAUAGGUACCAAAUUGGGAUUCUAAACAUGAAUGCAAGGAACAUAAUCUUGACUUUGCAUAUCAAUGUUUCUGCAAAGAUAUAUGAUACUACGAAAGCCACGAAUAAGUGCUCUACUCGGAAUGGAUCGUGCAAACUCGACCUUUUUUUCCCUAUCACAUAUUAUUUAGUUCUAACAGCGCCAAAAAAUGGAAAUGAUGAUGAUGAUGCAUGGUUUGUUGAAAUUUCUUUUAUGGCUCGUGUUUUUUCAUACAUAAUCCUUUUAGGAGUUUUCAUGAUUGUGAUUUUUAUGAUAUUGAAAUGCCUUGGAGCUGAUUAUGGUGAAAUUCACAAUGUCGCUGAAGCGCAAGAAGUAACUGAAACCGAACCUCUGAUGCAGCCUAAUCCAGUGACAUAUGGAACAAACAUUUUUCAUGAAAAGGAAGAAACAAAUUCAGAUGUAUCAGAGGAGUUAUAUGAUGAAAAGUUAUGCAUAAUUUGUUUUGAUGAACAACGCAACUGUUUCUUUGUUCCUUGCGGUCAUUGUGCCACUUGCUAUGACUGUGCACAAAGGAUUAUGGAUGAGGAGAGCAACUCUACUUUGACGGAUCAAAUUGCUAACCCUAAGAGCAAAGUUUGUCCUGUAUGCCGGAGAGUUAUUAAUAAAGUAAAAAGAUUAUUCUAGAGCAAAAGAGAUUAUUCAACAGUUAGGUUCAUAUUGCUGUAUAAUAUAGAAGUUGUAGAGGUCUCUAAAACUGCACGGUAAUUGCAAUUUUAGCCGUAUUGGAUGCAUUUUGCCGCGAUAUAA